CCCACCUCCACCACCACCUCUCUCCACAUCUCUCCACAUCCAGUCCCUCCCUCCCAGACUCCCUGUGUCUGGGGCUCUGUGUGGAUCUGCACAAUAAUGGAGUCCCAUCACUCAGCAGCGCUCGGUGUCUUCAGUGGAGCGUUCGUCCCAGCAGACAUCACACUGGAGCUCGUUUAAACUGGGGAUUUGUAAUUUACUGUCCACUUUGCUCUUUUUAAAAAGAAAAAAAUACUCACAGCAUAAGGACUUCUUUCAUAUGCCUUUUUUUCUGCGUCAUGACUUUUUCCGUAGUCUUGUGUUUGUGUGAGGGGGAUUAACAGGCCCACCGUGGUCUCCAACAUAAAUCAACACUUUUUUUUCUCCCCUACGUUUGGGUGCAGGCUGCUUCUCUGUUUAUCUAUAUCAGGGGAUGGGAGGAUCUCAGUGGGGUUUAAAGAAGGCUGUGACUAGAGUUUCUGGGAGCGGGUAUGGGCCGGUUGUCUGCUCCACAGAUGGUUCUCCCGGAGGUGAACGCACAGGAGUGCUGCUGCUGCAGAUGAAGUGGGCAGCUCGCGUUUUCGCUCGGAGGGUUCGCGACAUGGGCUGAGCUCCUGCGACGAGCACUCUUUUCUCCUGAAAGCUGUUGAGUCUUUCGACGAUGGACGACGGAGACGGAUAAAAAAACCCAAACGCAAAUCAACUCAUCGGACACAUCGCUUCACCUUUACACGCGGAAACUGCGCACGCAGCACCGGCACGAGACCGCUCCGCAGCGCCGAGCGCACCAGGCUGCAGCCGAGCGCACCAGGCCAACCCAGGCUCCAGCAUCGGACGAUUCUACAGCGGAGUUUGGUCGUUGUGUGAUGAUAUUAGAGAUUUAGAGGCAGUUUUGUCUCCCAAGUACUAGUUUCAUAUAAAUAUUUCCCCUUUAGAUUUAUUAACUGAAACGACUGAAAAUAAUUGACAAUGCGCCGUUUUGUGCCUGGUGUUAAAAUAGAAAGGCGCGUGUAUGAACAAUGUUAUAAAAUUACCAUAGAAGAAUAAGAGUGAAGUCAGCAGAUGUGGAUUUUUUUUUUGUUGCUUUGACAAAAAUGCCCUCUUCGAACUGGAUGUAUGGAUUUAUUUUUUUUUCUGGCUUGGGUUGAACGUUCCGGUUUCAAAUGUUGAAUCACUUUACGCACGUCCGCGGUGCUCGGCUUUGAGGCUUCGCCCGUUCCCAGUGCACCACCGUGAGCCUCUGCCUCCUCCCGCCUCCUCGCCGGACAAUGUGGCUCCCACGCCUCGCGCUGCUGCUGCUGCUCCGGUUCUCCGGCGUGUCGCCGGUGGACGGGUUCAACACGUGUCAGUCCAUCAACCUGGACGCGCAGAAGUCCCGGCGCAUCGAGGCCGUCCGCGGACAGAUCCUCAGCAAGCUCCGCAUCCGCAGCCCGCCGCCGGACGAGGACGAGGAGCCGCAGCCGGGCCCCGUGGCCCCGGAGGUCAUGCUGCUGUACAACAGCACGCGAGAACUGCUGAAGGAGCGCGCGCGUCUGGCCGAGUCCGCGUGCGAGCGCGAGAGCAGCGAGGAGGACUACUACGCCAAAGAGGUGCAGAGGAUCGACAUGCUGCCCCCCCGGACCAACACAAAUGCAGUGCAGCCAGCAGCGCCCAACCCCCACUACAGAGUGGUCCACUUCGACGUCAGCGGAGUGGACCUGACCAACAGCACCCUGGUCAUGGCUGAGUUCAGGAUCUUCAGAGCUCCCAACCCGCAGGCCCGGGCCUCACAGCAGAGGGUGGAGAUCUUUCAGCUGCUGAAGCCAGACGAAGAUAGCACCUCCACUCAACGUUACAUUGACUCCCGCACCGUUCAGCCGAGGGCUAAGGGAUCCUGGAUCUCUGUGGAUGUCACGGAAACCAUUAAGGACUGGGUGUCAGAUCCAGAGAAUAAUCUUGGCCUGAAGCUUGGUGUCCACUGUCCCUGCUGCACCUUCGUCCCAUCCACCAACAACAUCGUUCCCAACAAGAGUGAGGAGUUGGAGGCUCUGUUUGCUGGUUUGGACGACGAGCAGCUUCGUCAGAUGAGAAAACCCGGUCAGGUCAAAGGUCAGGGGGACUUCAGCUCCAAGACGCCGCACCUCAUCCUCACCCUGCUGCCCAGCGACAGAGUUGACAACCCGACCAAGAAGAACCGCAAGAGGAGGGCGGCCGCCACAGACACUACAACCUGCUCCCGUGGCUCAGACCAGGGCUGCUGCUUGCGCUCGCUCUACAUCGACUUCAGGCGUGACCUCAACUGGAAGUGGAUCCAUGAGCCCAAAGGUUACAAAGCUAACUUCUGUGCCGGCAACUGUCCUUACCUCUGGAGUGCCAACAACCACUACAACAUGAUUCUGCCCCUGUACAACAAGCUGAACCCCGAGGCCUCCGCCUCGCCCUGCUGCGUUCCUCAGGACCUGGAGCCCCUCACCAUCAUGUACUUCAUAGGGCGCACACCUCGCGUUGAGCAGCUCUCCAACAUGGUCGUCAAAUCCUGCAAGUGCCGCUGAGGGAGGCGAGCUCAGAGGAAGAGGUCAGAGAGGAGAAGAAUGAUUACAGGACUCAAAGUACCAACUGCUUUGCUCAGGGGGAAAUCAAAAAACAAACGAGGACAGGCGAAUGAAUCCUGUGUUCAUUAAUCUUCGUGGUGUGGUCGCCUUUAGCAGAUUCUUCAGAUGUUUUUUUGUUGUUGUUUUUUUUUACUCUGUAUGACUCAAAUAUCCGGAUUUGGUCCCAUUCUUUUCACGCAUAAACACUUGUCAACAUUUUUAUUCAUUCUCUGACACUUUUCAUCUGAUAUAGGACACUGUAAAUAUGACACAUAGCUGUAUUAAACCUGUACCUGGAUAUUAAAAACAGGGUGUUGUGUGA